AUGCGUCAAUCCAUUGCUAUCCUCUCCAUCCUGGCAAGCGCGGCUUGUGCUGAAGACGUCGUCAGCUUCUUUUUCCCUGGUGGCUACGACGGCAUCGACCCUGUCGCAACCAUCAACACCGCCAACCCUUCCACUACCGAGUUCCACAUCGCAUGCCCCACGGGCGUCGACGAUAGCGAGUGCGGCUGGGGCCCAGGUCUCGAUGUCACCAUCCUCUCGCAAACGCGCUUCCAAGCCCAAAUGUCUACCGACACGAUAUCCAUGAGCCUCGGAUGCGACUACAACGAGAAGGCAGUCGAGAUGACUUGCACGGUGAACCAGCUUGGUGGCAAUGACGAUACGGGCGGCAAACCCAUCACUGCGACACUCUCCAGUGAUGACGUGCAGUUCCUUUCUGCAACCGUCGUUGCUGGAAACAGCCUCUUGACUCCUGCUGCAAGUGCCGCGACCAGCAUGACUGCCUCAGCGCAAGCUGGCAGCACUAUUGCCACUACUAUGAGGAGUGCUAGCACAGGCGCGAUGACACCCAGUGGAUCUAUCAUGCCGACUAGCACCAUGGCUUCUUCAGCGUCUACACCUGCUGCCAGUGGAUCUGGAUCGGCGUCCGCGUCUCUGCCCGAGAGCACCGGUGCCGCUUCCAAGUACGGCAUUGAGGGCUCGGCGUUACUGGCCCUUGCUGGUGCUGCUGCGCUGAACCUCUGGUGA